UUUAGAUUGAGAAAAACCUGUUUCUUGGUGUCUUAACGGUUCAAGAGCUCAAUUAUGCAGCCGCCACCCCAGGCCAUCCCUUCGGGUGUGGUCGGACCACCUCCAGCCGGGAACCCUCCGAGCACAUUCUGGUCAAGCAGCCCCUACAGACGACAGGUGGCACCCAGUGGACCUGCGGCUCCCCUCCCCUGCCCUGUGCAGCCCGUCACGGACCCGUUCGCCUUCAGCAGACAGGCACUCCAGGGCCCUGCCGCGGGCAGCGCAGCCCACAGCGGCCUGCCUGGCAUGCAGGGCCUGGCCUCGUCCACCUCUCUUCAGCACCCGGGCCAGCCCCUGCGUCCCCUGAGCGCUGCUCACUGUUCCCAUGGGCCCUUGGAUCCUCUGCCUAGACCUCUGUCUCAGCCCAAGCCAGAAACCAGUGCAUUUUCUAGCCUAGUGGCCCCUUCAGCUCCACCAGGGCUCGGAAUGAAUAGGGUUACUGAGGCUGCUUCCAGCUCUGAAACCCCAGUUCAGACUCCGCUGUUUCUGCCUCAGUACAUUCCAACAGGUCCUGACAUGUCUGUUGGGGGCCAUAACUCUGGGAACGUGCCAGGGCCCGAUAGGCCCUGUAGUGGGCAAAACCCACAUGCUGCUGCUGCACCUCCUGCCGCACCCUCCUCCUUCCCUCCACCUGCUCAGCCCCUGCCAGGGCAGUGGGGGCCAGCCCAGGGGGGCCCGCCCCCUUCCUCUCAGCACUCCUGGCCCUGCCCAGAAGGACCAGUGCCUAUCACGGUGCCCCCGGCCUCCCGUGCUACCCAGUUCCCUGCUUCCCUGCACCAGGGCCAUGAGCCACUCAACCCCCCAGUCUCUGUGCCAGCCCCCGGGGCCGGUCUGAGUGGAAACCCCUCAGUGACAAGCCUGCAUCCUGAAAAUGCGUUCAGGCGGGAUUCCAGAGCCGGACCUGGACUGGCAAGCCAGGAAUUGAGGCCAGCUCCAGGAAUGACUUGGGAGCAGAUGCCCGCCCCUGCCCUGGCUAACCCCGCUGCUCAGGGAAACAGCUCAGAAAGCCAUCUGCACCCCCAGGUGGGAGCCAGGCUGGGCCACGCCCUGCCACAGGGGGACUUGGGGGCCCUCUCCAUGUUCUUCCAAGGGGGCGAGACGGAGAACGAGGAGAACCUCUCAUAUGAGAAGCCAGGCUCCGCAGGGCCGGCUGACCUGGAUGGUGUCACCCCCAACCCUGGACCUGGUCAUCCUGGGUCCCAGUCAGCGCUUCUCAGAAGUUCCAACAGUGAGAGCGCGCAGCAGGGAGGAGACGCACAGGCUUAUUUCUCACAGUCUUUGGGUGUCCAGCACGAGAGACAAACCACUAAAAGCGUCAGCCUUGACCCGUGGGGGGAUCCGGCCCGUGUGGGAGCUCCUGAGGCUGCCAGCACCCAGUAUGAGAAUGUGGAGGACUUAGAAUUUGUUCAGAAUCAAGAAGUUCUACCAAGCGAGCCUCUGGGUGUGGAGCUGGCCCCAAGCGAUCAGCCCAGAUACGGGCCCCUUCCUGGGCCGACCAGCUCCAAGCUCAGUGCCCCGGAUGCAGUGCCGCAUCCCGUGCGUCCCGACAGUGCUUCCUCCGGCCAUAGCAGCAGGAGCCUCCGGACCCUCCCCGGGGCAGCCAGGCCCCAGGACUUGGUUGGCACCUUCAUUCAGCAGGAAGUUGGGAAGCCCGAGGAUGAGGCUCCGGGGAGUUUUUUCAAACAGAUUGAUUCGUCUCCCAUCGGAGGGGAGGUAGAUGAGACCCCUGGGGGCCAGAGUUACCAGAGCAGCCUUUCCCAGCCCCCAACCCCGAGUCCCCCCAAACCCACAGGGGUAUUCCAGACAAGUGCAAAUAGUUCUUUUGAACCAGUGAGAUCCCAUCUGGUUGGGGUGAAACCAGUGGAAGCAGAUCGAGCUAACAUGGUGGGGGAGGUGAGGGACACGCAUGCCCAGCAGAAGCAGUCCAGAGCAGCCGCUGCUCCGCCCGAUGCCUCCCCGGGCAACCUGGAGCAGCCGCCAGACAACAUGGAGACCCUCUACGUGCCCCGCGACAGCCCUCUGCCACCAGCCACGACCAGGGAGGCCGGCCACGGGCCUUCACACGCUGUGGGGCUUCCUUUGGACUCUGUGCUUCCAACCCCAGAGAAAAGGCCUUUGACUCGUGCUCAGGGAGCUGUGAACUGUGAGAGCCCAGCAACCACUCUCUGGGCUCAGAACGAGCUGCCUGAUUUUGGGGGCAACGUCCUCCUAGCCCCUGCUGCACCCGUGCUCCACGUCCCUGUGAAUCCUCGGCCCCUAGAAGUGAUUCAGCCCCCAGAUGAAGGGGUCUUCAGCCAGCAACCAAGCUCCAGGACACCCCUGCAGGGUGGAGACGCCCUUGGUGCCUCUGAGAAUCUGGAGAACCCCCCUAAGAUGGGCGAGGAGGAGGCCCUUCCCUCUCAGGCAAGUUUUGGCUCUGCCAGUCUCUCACCUUCCCUGUCCACUGAUCCUCUGGCUGACCAGCUCGUGCUGACUGCUCAGCUCAGUAAUUCUCCCGUGUCUUCACGGAGCCCUGCUAAGAAGAGCCAGUGCUGUAGAGAUGUGGGUGGGGGGAGGAGUCCGGGCCCAGCCGCCAGGCUGCCUGGGAACGCGCCCUUCUGCCUGGGACCCUACCCUGCUCUCCCUGCUAGCCUCUGCCACACCAUCUUUCCCCGGGUCACUCAUUGCUCACAAGUUUCUGGGCCUCCUGAAAUGGUUUCUAAUCUGCUUGCCACUUUGCUGCUUCAGCUGUCUCCGCUAGCAUCAAAGAACCUGCUUCCAGAAAAUCCCAAGAUGCCAGAGAACUUGCUUGCACAGCUGCUCAGUAGCUGGGCUGGGGGGACUGCAGCGCCCUUAGUGCCACCUGCAUGUAGUGCAUCGGGACCUGGCAGCGUGAAGGCCAGUGCCUCCAGCAAUUGGGAGGGAACUGUGGGUGCCCUUGAUUUCUCGCUCCCCAGGACUUUGGAGAUCCCUAUGAGAAUGCAUGGCUUGUCCCGUUUGGACGGUUCAGUUUCCUGUCAGCAGUCCACAGCCACACACCCUGGGCCCAGGGCACAUAACCCAGACCCUUUGUACCAACAGGUGACACGCGAUGCCCAGGAGCCUCAGGGCCCAGAGAAAGCUCAGCUGGAGCCAGCGCCACCUCCCCUGCCAGGGCACAGAGCGGCACUUUCAGAGCCUUCAGAUGUGGGGUGCCCCCUUGGGCCAGGACAGUCUCAAAACUCUGCCCAGCCACCUGCAAGCCUGGCCACAAGUGACAUAGGCCAACAGCUGCCACUGCCUCGGCCCCCUCUGACCUCCAGCGUGGCAAUUGCGGCCACUGCCUCAAGCCAGGCAACCGUGCGCCCGGACCAGCAGUGGCCACAGUCACCGCCCCCAGACUACUACUACUACCGACCCCUUUACGAUGGUUACCAGCCCCAGUACCCCUCGCCGUACCCGCCUGACCCUGCCGUGGGCCCCCUCUAUUACCAGGAUGUCUAUGGCAUGUAUGACCCUCGCUACCGGCCCUAUGACAGCACCGCGUCAGCGUACGCCGAGAGCUACCGCUACCCUGAGCCCGAGAGACCCAGUUCCCGCGCCAGCCACAGCUCCGACCGGCCUCCUGCCAGGCGCGAGUACCCUGAAGGUUACUACAGCUCCAAAGGGUGGAGCAGCCAGAGCGAUUACUACGCCAGCUACUACUCGGGCCAGUACGACUAUGGAGAUUUGGGGCGCUGGGAUCGCUACCACUACCGCUCCAGGUUCAGGGACCCCCGCACCUAUGACCAGAGGUACUGGCACGACGCUGAGUACGACAUGUACCGGAAAGACAGCUACGCUCAUGGGGACAGGUCCGAUAAGUAUGAUGACCCUUGGAGGUACGACCCCCGCUUCACCGGGAGUUUCGACGAUGACCCCGAGCCCCGCAGGGACCCGUAUGGGGAGGAGGCGGACCGGCACAGCGUGCAUAGCGAGCACUCGGCCCAGAGCUUACGGAGCCGCCGCAGCAGCUUAAGCUCACACUCCCACCAGAGUCAGAUGUACCGAGGUCACCAUGUGACAGCCGGCUCCUAUGAUGCCCCGCCUCCCCCGGGCUCCUUUCACGGUGACUACACGUAUGGCGUGUACGGGGGUGCCUUCCCGGAAGCCAGCUGGUCCACGGUGGAACAGGCGCCCUCGAGACCCACCUCUCCUGAGAAAUUCCCGGUGCCGCACCUCUGUGCCCGCUUCGGUCCCGGGGGUCAGCUCAUUAAGGUGAUGCCCAACUUGCCAUCAGAGGGCCAGCCCGCGCUGGUGGAGAUCCACAGCAUGGAGAGCCUGCUGCAGCAUACGCCAGAGCAGGAGGAGAUGCGCUCAUUCCCUGGGCCUCUGGGCAAAGAUGACACGCAUAAAGUGGAUGUUAUUAAUUUUGCACAGAAAAAAGCUACAAAGUGUUUACAGGAUGAAAAUUUACUUGACAAAGAAUCUGCAAGUCUUCUUUGGAAUUUUAUUGUGCUGUUGUGCAGACAAAAUGGGACUGUGGUGGGAACAGACAUCGCGGAGCUGCUAUUACGCGACCAUAAGACCGUGUGGCUUCCUGGGAAGUCGCCCAAUGAGGCCAACCUGAUUGAUUUCACCCAUGAGGCGGUCGAGCGGGUGGAGGAGGAGGAGUCGGUGGAGGCGCAGCUCUCCUUCCUGGGUGGCCAGCCGCCUCCUGCCAGCACACUGGAGAAGGAAGUCGAGAGGUUCCGGGAGCUAUUGCUGUACGGCCGCAAAAAGGAUGCUCUGGAAUCCGCCAUGAAAAACGCUUUAUGGGGCCACGCUCUGUUGCUUGCCAGUAAGAUGGACAGCCGGACACACGCCAAGGUCAUGACCAGGUUCGCCAACAGCCUCCCCAUCAACGACCCCCUGCAGACUGUCUACCAGCUGAUGUCGGGCCGGAUGCCUGCAGCGUCCACGUGCUGUGGGGACGAGAAAUGGGGGGACUGGAGGCCGCACCUCGCCAUGGUUCUGUCCAACCUGAGCAGCAACAUGGAUGUGGAGUCCAGGACGAUGGUCACCAUGGGCGACACCCUGGCUUCCAAAGGCCUUCUGGAUGCCGCCCAUUUUUGCUACCUCAUGGCCCAGCUCGGAUUUGGGGUGUACACCAAGAAAUCCACGAAGCUGGUCUUGAUUGGCUCGAACCACAGUUUGCCGUUUCCGAAGUUUGCGACCAACGAAGCUAUUCAGAGGACAGAAGCCUAUGAGUAUGCUCAGUCCCUGGGGGCACAGACCUGCACGCUCCCCAACUUCCAGGUGUUCAAGUUCAUCUACUCUUGCCGCCUGGCCGAGAUGGGGCUCGCCACGCAGGCCUUCCACUACUGCGAGGUCAUCGCCCAGAGUAUCCUGGCCCAGCCCCACGACCACUCCCCAGUGCUCAUCAGCCAGCUGGUCCAGGUCGCAUCCCAGCUGCGUCUCUUCGACCCUCAGCUGAAGGAGCGGCCUGAGGAGGAGUCCUUCGUGGAGCCUGCCUGGCUGACCCAGCUGCAGCGUGUGGAUGAACAGGUCAAGGAGGGCUCUCUGGUGUGGCGCCAGGAUGCAGCCGUCCCGAAGUGCCGUCCCAGCUCACCCAGUUCCGACGUGGGCUUGUGCGAGGGUCCAGGAUCAGCUCUGCCUUCAGGCCCGGGCCCUGACAACCCACUGCUGGCCCCCCUGAUGCCAGCUGCUGAGCCCUUGGGCCAGAGUGUGCGGCUACUGCCUUCAGCGCCACAGAGGCUUCCCGGCAGCCAGCUAGCCCUCCCUACAGGGGUGCCCAUGUUUCCUGUGCCUGCGCCCCCAGGAUCUGUGCUGGGCUUUCCAGAACCCUCAGUGCCCGAUCCCACAGCUCUGUACCCCGGGCCUGGCCUGCCACCCGGCGGCCCACCUCUCCAGGAGCCAGGAGCAACGCUGCAGGAGGCCCCCGGCAGACACCUGGUCCCGGAGCUCAGAGAAGGGGAUGUGGGCGGAGCCCCUGCUGAUCUGGGUCCCCCCAGGAUGCCGCAGGAUUACGAGCCCUCUGUGGGGUGGGAGCCACCGCCUCCCGCCCCAUCGCCCAUCCAGGACAUGAAGAGAGCCGCACCGGCCAAAAAGGAACCCAAGGAACCUAAGAAGAGCAGUGAGCCCUGGUUCUUCUCACGCUGGCUCUAUGGCAAGAAGCGGACCGAGGCGUACCUGCCCGAUGACAAGAACAAGUCGAUUGUCUGGGACGAGAAGAAGAACCGCUGGGUGGAUGUCAAUGAGCCGGAAGAGGAGAAGAAGGCUCCGCCCCCACCCCCCACCUCACUUCUGAAGGCUCCACAGGCUGCGCCCCCGGGGCCUGGAGGGGCCCCCAGAGCCUCUGUGAACAUGUUCUCUAGGAAAGCAGCCGGCUCCAGGGCGCGCUAUGUGGACGUGUUGAACCCUGGGGGCACCCAGCGCAGUGACCCGGCCCUGGCCCCUGCAGACUUCUUCGCCCCGCUCGCCCCACUCCCCAUCCCAGCCCUUGUGGGGGGCACGCAAGCAGAUGCAGAUACACUGCCCUCUGCAGAGGGGCCCGGCACGGAAGGGGAGGAGCCCACGGCUCCGGGCGAUGCCCCUGUUGCAGGGCACCCCCCCGGGGGGGCAGUGCCUUUCUACAACCCUGUGCAGUUUACACCAGUGGCUGCCACCUCAGGAAGCUCCCGGGCAGGACGCAUGGGUGGAAGGAAACAGGCUGCGCUGAGCUAGAGCCUCUCCCAACCUCACCUCCGUGUCUCCGUGCCCACCAGCCCUGAGAAGGCAGCAGGAGGCCCCACUUGGGUCCGCACCAUGAGCUGUUCUCGGCAGCUGGAUUGGCCCCAGGGUGCUGGACGGAGAGUGUGGGCCUCUGAGCCCGUGGCACCGCAGAGUCCGGAAGAGUGUGCCUCGCAGGAGGGGCUGAUCCGCCCGUGCCACGGCCACUUCCUGGGCAGGAGCUACCAAAACGGGCCUUGGGCAUGUGCCCUCCUGACCACUGCGGCACCGGGACUCUGCAGGGCUCCGUGGGCGUGCUCACUUGACACCCCUAAGCCGUGGGUCCUGCAGGAAGUGGCUUACAAUAAUUUCUGGCAAAACUGUGGAAUCUGAUACUUGGUUGGUUCUCUUCUGUCGCUGCCCCUGACUCAGCCAUACCGAAGCGCCAGACCCCGGGGGUGGAGACUGACCCCACUGGCAGCGACCAAGGAGAGCUGGGCUGAGCGGGGUCUUGACCGAAUCAGUAGGCGCUUUCUCUGUAGGUUCUGCUGGGGCCCAUCGUUUGCUUGGUUUAUCGAAUCUGUAGAAAUUGUGCACAUGUGGGAUCACCCGAUCACUAGGGAAGACAGUACUUUCUAGAAUCUUCCACAGUGCGACUGGAUCCGCUUGUCUCCUGGGAAUGGCCGGGCAGCUUCUGCGCCUGCCAGUGUCCUGGGUUCCCUUCCUCCAGUGACCGCCAGGACCUCGUUUCAGACGCUUCCUCCGGGCGGGAGCUGAUAUUUUUCCUAAAUGCAAAUUGUUUCACUGCAAAUUGUUAAAUAAAUAUUUUGCGCUCU